AUGCAUCGCACAUAUUCUAUGCGCUCCACGAGGGCGCCUACGGCUUCUCAGAUUCAGAACCCCCCGCCGCCGCCGUCCAGCACGAAAUCCGGCCGUCUCUUUGGUCGCGGCGGCUUCGGCCAUGCGCUCCGCCGAAAUGCCGCCGGCGCUUUCGGGCCCGACCUCGCUAAGAAGCUGUCGCAGCUCGUUAAGAUGGAGAAGAAUGUGAUGCGAAGCUUGGAGCUGGUGGCAAAGGAGCGGAUGGAGGUUGCUCACCAACUGUCACAAUGGGGCGAGGCCGGCGAUGAGGAUGUGUCGGAUAUCACGGACAAGUUGGGGGUGCUGCUGUACGAGAUUGGCGAGCUCGAGGACCAGUAUGUCGACCGCUACGACCAAUACCGUGUGACGAUGAAGAGCAUCCGGAACAUUGAGGCGUCGGUCCAACCCAGCCGCGACAGAAAACAAAAAAUCACCGACCAAAUCGCCCAACUCAAAUACAAAGAGCCCAAUUCCCCCAAAAUCGUCGUCCUCGAGCAAGAACUCGUCCGCGCCGAAGCUGAGUCCCUCGUCGCCGAAGCCCAGCUCUCCAACAUCACCCGCGAAAAGGUCAAAGCCGCCUACGCCUACCAAUUCGACGCCCUGCGCGAGCACUCGGAAAAAGUCGCCAUUAUCGCCGGCUACGGCAAACACCUCCUCGAGCUCAUCGACGACACCCCCGUGACCCCCGGCGAAACCCGCCCGGCCUACGACGGCUACGAGGCCAGCAAAGCCAUCAUCCAGGACUGCGAGGACGCCCUCACCAAUUGGGUCACGCAGAACGCUGCCGUGUCCUCCAAGCUAUCCACCCGCUCGCGCACGCUGUCCCAGCGCAGACGGAAUAAUAUCAAGGCUCGUUCCGAGGGUGGAGGACAACAUCUGAUCCAGGGGCAGGGGCAUGAUCUAUCGGCGCAGGACCAGCCGUUGCAUGACGCGUGGGUAUCGGCUGGUCAUCACCAGCAUCAGCACCAGCAUGAGUAUGGUGUCGAUGGGGAUGAGGAGGAAGACGAGGAUGAUGAGGAGGUGGGAGAACAUGGGUUGAAUGAGAAGGGGCAUCUCGUGGGGGGGGAUGACGAGCUGAGCCAUUCGGUGGCGGGGACGGAUGCGAGUUUGAAUGGGGGCGGGGAGCACCGCGGGCGGAACCAUGACCCGGUUGUUGCGGCGUAG